GAAAAGAGGAAGAGGAGAGCGAGAAGGAUGGGAGGGUUAAGCAAGCAAAUGGGAGGAGGUGAAGCUGGAGAGAGAGAGAACGAGUGAGCCUGUGUGUGAGGGAGUGAGAGAGAGGGCGAGAGAGCCGAAGGAUGACAGGAGAGUUGGCUGUUGCCGCGGCAGCAGAGCAGGACGGAUCUAAGACAGUGAAACAACACUCCUCCUCCUCCUCUUCUUCAUUUUAUCAUUAUCCCUGCAUCUUCCUGCAUCUGCCCAUCUCCACCUGGAAAAACCCGCUUCUGCCUCCCUCAUCCUCCUCUUCUUCAUCAUCUUCAUCAUCAUCAUCAUCAGCUGUGGGCAGCCAUACAUGGACAUGGAGUAAGGACACCGCCUCCUCGCUCUCUAAGAGAAAGCCAGUGUCUCUCCAGCACCACCACUAAUGCCUCACCGACAUGACCGGGAGGAAGAGAGAGAGAGUAAAACACAGGGACAGAUAAAGGAAAAUUAGAAAGUGCAGAAGCAGAAAGAGGACGAGAGGAAGAGGGAGGCUGCAGAUCCAUAAUCCCCACAGCAGAGAAACACUUAGAGGGAGGGAGGCAACACAGGCGAUUCUGUCUAUCUUGCAACUUCAGGGACCAUCAUCACAAUUUAAUAAGAAUUUGAAAGGCUGCAGCGUUGCAACAAAUAUGUCUUCAUAGGGAGACGGGGUGGGCGAGAGAGCCUGAGUCAGACAGAGAGAGAGAGGAGGUAGAGGCCAGGCACAAGUGUUUCCAUGCACUCCUACCUGGAUUUGUCUAGUUUUUCUUAUUGGUGUACAUCCCAGCAGCAAUAAGCCUGUAAUGGUAAUAUCAGGGAAGACAUUUUUUAAUAUUUUACAUGUGCCCUCCUGCACUGAGGCUGCUGAGAGUUCAAGAAAUUGUCUUUUUCUGUCAGGAGAGUCUGUGUUUUGCACCAGAGUGCCUUGUUAUUCAGAAGAACCAGAACGACAGCUGCUCAUAGGCUGAAAGUUUCUCAUCUGCAGUCAGAAAAACAUCCCAAAAAAGGAAUAUUUCAACCGAUUUCCGAGGUUCCUGGUUGUAAAAUCAUCAGUUUUACCCUGAGGAGUGUCUCACAGGCAGGCAUUACCCACUCUGCAGAAGGACGCCUGAAACUCAUCGGCAUAAAGUCGGGCCACUCACCUGUCAGAUGCACUGCCUUUCCUGCUCUUCUACUGCUUUGCUUUCAUGGCUUGAACCCUGUCACCUGACCCCUCCCUCCACCCCUACUCCCCCUUCCUCUCCCCUCAACAUGUCCGACCACCCCCCCUCUCACUGCCCAAACCACUCAAGGAAGUCAGGGCAGGACAAGAAGUGAGCCAGGACUUUCACAAGGCACCCACCUCUGAUUCAGUGGUUCCACCCUCCCCUGAGGACAGAACUUGACUCUCUAUAGGAGGGACGCUCUGAUGCAAGAUGGCGGCCGGUGUGGCCACGUGGCUGCCAUUUGCACGGGCGGCGGCGGUUGGUUGGCUGCCGCUGGCCAAGAAGACGAUGCCCAAACCUCCAGUGGACAGCUCGUCCAGAUCAGAUGAGAUCCUGUACGUCAACGUCAGCGGGGUCAGGUUUCAGACGUGGAAGAACACUCUGGAUCGAUACCCUGACACGUUGCUGGGCUCUUCAGAGAAAGAGUUCUUCUACAAUGAAGACACGCAGGAAUACUUCUUUGACAGAGACCCCGAAAUGUUCCGGCACAUUCUGAACUUUUACCGCACUGGGAAGCUGCACUACCCAAGACAUGAGUGCAUCCAGGCCUUUGACGAGGAGCUGGCCUUCUACGGCAUUGUACCAGAGAUCAUCGGCGACUGCUGCAUGGAGGAAUACCGAGAUCGGAAAAAGGAGAACCAGGAGCGUCUGGCAGAGGACACGGAGGCCAAUGAGUUGACAGAUGCCCCCCUCCCUCCGCACAGCACUCCCAGGGAGCGUCUGUGGCGAGCUUUCGAAAACCCCCACACCUCCACCAUGGCGCUGGUCUUCUACUAUGUCACCGGCUUCUUCAUCGCCGUCUCUGUCAUCGCCAACGUGGUGGAGACAGUACCUUGCCGGCCACCCAAGGGCAGUGUCAAGGACCUUCCCUGUGGGCAGAAGUACGAGCUGGCCUUCUUCUGCAUGGACACGGCCUGCGUGCUUAUCUUCACCUUCGAGUACCUGAUGCGUCUGUUCGCCGCACCCAGCCGUUGCAAGUUCAUGCGCUCAGUGAUGUCGGUGAUCGACGUGGUGGCCAUCAUGCCCUACUAUAUCGGCCUGGUGAUGCCUGAGAACGAGGACGUGAGCGGCGCCUUCGUCACCCUUCGAGUUUUCCGUGUCUUCCGGAUCUUCAAGUUCUCGCGUCACUCGCAGGGUUUGAGGAUUUUGGGCUACACACUGAAGAGCUGCGCCUCCGAGCUCGGCUUCCUGCUCUUCUCCCUCACCAUGGCCAUCAUCAUCUUCGCCACCGUCAUGUUCUACGCCGAGAAGGGCACCAAGAGCUCCUCCUUCACCUCCAUCCCGGCCUCCUUCUGGUACACCAUCGUCACCAUGACAACGCUCGGCUACGGCGACAUGGUUCCCAAAACCAUCGCAGGGAAGAUCUUCGGUUCGAUUUGCUCUCUGAGCGGCGUGCUGGUGAUCGCCCUGCCGGUCCCCGUCAUCGUGUCCAACUUCAGCCGGAUCUACCACCAGAACCAGAGAGCGGACAAGAUGAGAGCACAGCAGAAAGUGCGUUUGGCUCGCAUCCGCAUGGCAAAGAAAGGAACAGUCAACGCCUUCUUCCAGUACAAAGAAGACCGAGUGCUCGGGGACCGGGACAGCGACUGCACGGCUCUGUGUGUGAAGAACAGAUCAGCAUUCGAGCAUCAACACCACCACCUGCUGCACUGCCUGGAGAAGACAACGAACCAUGAGUUCACAGACGAGAUGACCUACAGUGAGCUGUGUAUGACCGAGUCAGUCGGCUUCAGGACCAGCCGCAGCACCUCCCUGUCCAGCCAGCAGGGGGCGACGGGCUGCUGCCCCCGCCGAGCCCGGAGGAGAGCCGCCAUGCGACUGGCUAACUCCACAGUGUCCGUCAGCCGGGGCAGCAUCCAGGAGCUGGACACCCUGCACAUCAAACCCACCUCCAUACCACAGCAAACUCGUUCCAGUCUGAAUGCCCAGGCAGGCGACCUGAAGCUGAACUGUGGGGAACACGAUUUCACCGCCGCCAUCAUCAGCACCCCAACGCCGCCCGCCAACACACCUGACGAGAGCCUCCCCCCAUCACCCGCUCCCAUCCCUGGCAUCCUGCGCAAUACUCGGGCCACCGCCUACACCCAUGACACCUUCAAAAUCUCCUCUUUAUAACCUCUGACCAGCCCCCGACACCCACCCUGCCGCCCCGCCUGUCACCUUUCCAGUGAACUCUGAACUUUCAUUGAACCUUUAUGUUGAGCGAGGGGUGCUGCUAGCUGAAGUGUUGGAGGUAGGAAAAGACGACAUGGGUGGGUACUCUGAGUACCGCCGGUUACUUUCACUUCCUGUCACCUCUUGUGGAUUAUGUGACAAAAUGGAUAUUCAUGUAGGAGACAAAGCAAGCAACGAUGAGAGGUGAGGAGUUUUAAAAGGAACGAUAGCUGUUCUUUUGUAGACUUUCCUAAGUCUAAGACCCUGUGCACACGUCUGACCCUGCACAGGCUUCCUUCUGGUCUGACAGUGGAAAAGAUCCCAGGACUUCUACAGGAUGACAUUCAGAAACCAACAGAUGGAUCGGAUUCACUGGCUCCAUCUGAACACAACACUUUACAGGAGGGAUGCAAAAUCAUGGCCGAGGAUGGGGGUCGUCUUUUUAGGUCUAGUUAAUAUGUUGGUCUUGGCAGCGAAUCCGAGGGAGCGCCGACCGUUGAAGGAUCAUUUAGACUCCGCUGGUUGUAACCAGUCUAACAGUGUUGAUGUUGGUGGUUGUGGGAAACCUGUGACUAUUAUCAGGACCAGUACAGCUCAAGCAAGGAGUGGACACACCAGGCGGGCUUCGGACGGAUCCUUAAAGCCUGACUGCAGAAAAAAUGUUGGAUGAAGUCUGUGAAGACAAUGAAAAGCAUAACGUCUUGGUCUCCUCUCUGCACCUGAAGCCACUUCAGGUCACAUCGUUGGGCGAGUAAAGAAAUUCUGAAUGAGAAGUUUUGAGCUUUUCUCAGUGUCCAGUCACAAGAGCUGGAAAACUGUCAGAGUCUUCAGAUGAUGAUUUCGAAGCUGCUGAAACACUUGAAUCUACCACAUAAACCAGACUGAACUGGGACUACCUGAUCUAUGCUGAGCCUCAAUACUGUUCACACAACUACACUGAGCUGAACGCAACUCGAAGGAGCCGACCUGGGCCAAACCGAGCUGGUCUGUGCAGAACUGGGCCUUCCUGGUUUUCUAAAUGGACCUGUGGAGAGGAACGAAGGAUCCUGGACUGGAUCGACAUGGUCUGACGUGAACUGGCUGUAGCCCAGACCGGGAACAAAAGCCUUUUACUUUUCAAAAUAUGCAAUGUUAGAGCAAGCAGGAAAAUAGCAUCAACAAAUGAACAGAAUAAUAAUAAUACCAAUAAUAAUGUGCGUGUUUAAAACAAUGAUUAUUGCAGGGAACAAAAUGUAAAGCAACUCAUCUGUGACGUGACCUUUUCAGUGAGAGAGAACAAAACAUUGUGCAAUAGAUUUAAACAGGAAAGGGAAACACGGCGCCAAAGCUCUAACAUUAAAGAGAUGUUUGUCCUGAUGACGUGCACUCUGUUUUCAACACGCUCGUUAAAGAGCCGCGUGCAGAUGUUGGCAUGUUGCAGUAUUACUGCUGCCGUAGUAUCACUGAUGCUGUGCAUGAACAACUACUGUUGUUACAACAACAGGGCUGACAGGUUCCCACAAUGACGUGUAUCAUGAAAACCCAAGUGGUGGCAAUGUAAGAAACAAGCUGCUGUUUCUUUUCUCUGCCAGCGUCGACUGACGAGCCCGCUGCUCUGGCCUGCAGGCGGCGACCUAUGGGCGCCUGUGAAGUCCAGUCCAGCUUCUGAUCCACAAGCUUCACACCUUCUGUGUUUUCUCAGUUUCUUCCUUUAGUCUUUAUGUCCACGUUCUGACAUAAAUGAGUAUCUGCUGCCGGACUGGGCGGUGUAAUCUGGACAUCUCAGCAGUAUGAAAUAUAAAACUUUUAUUUUGUGAACAUUCAGCAGAUGCAACUCCCACAAGGUUUUUCUUGUUGAAUGAUAAACUGACUAAAUUUUUUAUUAUUAUAACUGUUACUGAAAACUAACUCACUCUUAUUAAACCAUAUAAUUAUUAGGGGUUUGUUCACCUCAUAGAGAGAGAGAGGCAGAGCUUCCACCGGGGCUGGACCUUGACCCCCCGCCAAACCUCUUGAUCCACAGGAAACACUGAGAUCUAUAGUUCAUGUGUUUUCCAUCAUUUGCAUCAAGUUCAGCUGUUAUGAACUCUGACAAGCAAAUCUGCAUCCUUGCCCGGUAACCAGUUAGCUUGACCAGCUAGGCUAACACCUAACUGGCUAAUGUGUUAGCAGUUAGCUUACAGCUGCUCACCAAGGAGGCUUGUGAGCAGGUCACCAG